CUACAUCCUCAGCAUUCACCAGCAGCGUACCACACCCACCUCCAAGGCUUAACCAUGGCUUCCAGGGAUCUUUACACCUCAUCCUACAAGAAGGUAUUUGGGGACUCUCCCAGGUCAUCGAGCCACCUGUACUCUUCUAGCUCCAGGUCCUCCCAGUCAUAUAAACCUAGAGAUACCUACUCCAGCAUCUCCUCCUACAGGAAGACAAGCAGGUCUCCUGCCAGCCACCUUGCCUCAGUGCACCAGGUAGAUUUUGAUUUGCCCCAGACCACAGCUCUCAGCAAUGAGUUGAAGAUAGUGAGGACCAACGAGAAGGAACAAUUGCAGGGUCUCAAUGACCGAUUUGUCACUUACAUUGAGAAGGUGCACCACCUGGAGCAGCAGAACAAGUUACUGGAGUCAGAGGUGACCUUGCUGAGGCAGAGGCAAUCAGAACCUUCAAGGCUCAGCCAGGUCUUUGAGCAGGAGAUCAGGGAGCUUAGGUCAAGGCUCGAGGAACAACUCCAUGAGAAGGAUCAAGCUCAUCUUGACUGUCAGCAUCUGGAAAAUGCUGUACACCAACUUCAGGAGAAAUUGGAGCAAGAGACAAGCAAGAGAGAAGAGGCUGAGGAUGCCAUGAAGAACUUUAGAAAAGAUGUAGAUCAAGCCACCCUGGACCGUCUACAGUUAGAGAAGAAAGUGGAGUCCCUGCUAGAUGAGGUGGCUUUCUUGAGGAAGGUCCAUGAGGAAGAAGUUGCUGAGCUUCAGGCUGCAGUGACAGAGGCUCAGAUUACUGUAGAGAUGGAUGUGGUCAGCAAGCCUGACCUUACAGCUGCCCUAAAGGAAAUCCGCAUGCAAUAUGAGGUCCUGUCCACUCGUAAUCAGCAGUCAGCUGAGGAGUGGUACCAGACCAAGAUUGCCAACGUGUCUCAAGAGGCAGCCCGCAACAAUGACAGCGCGCGCCAAGCCAAGGAAGAGAUCACAGAAUACCGAAGACAACUGCAAUCCCGAACAUUGGAGAUUGAUGCUCUACGCAAUGCUAAUGAGUCACUAGCGAGGCAGCUCCAGGAGUCGGAGGACAGGAACAAUGAUGAGAUAGCUCAGAUGCAGGAAACCAUAAACCAACUGGAUAAUGCUCUAAGAACUACUAAAGGAGAAAUGGCACGUCACCUGAGAGAAUACCAGGAUCUGCUCAAUGUCAAGAUGGCUUUGGAUAUUGAAAUAGCUGCAUACAGGAAACUCCUUGAGGGGGAGGAGACCCGUUUAACCACAGUGGGAGGAGGCAGCAUGUUUGGCAUAGGUUACCCAUAUUCUUCUGGCUCUUACUCUGGCGGAAAGAGUUAUACCUCAAGUACAGUCACCAUCCGGAAAGAGGAGAAAAAAGAAGAAAAGAAAGAAGAGAAAAAAGAAAAGAAAGAAGAGAAAAAAGACGCAUCUGACGGAGGCAAGGGAGAUGGAGCUAGUCAACCCAAAGCCCCAAAAUCAGGAGAAGCAUCCUCAGAAAAGACCUCCUCCAAGAUCUGAGCUAGCUACAAUACGCUGAAACCCACACCCCUGCCAAACUAAUGCUUUUUAUUCAUCCAUUUCCUUUUCAACUUUUUGCAGCUAGGCUAGCACAGGUUUAAAAAAAAGAAGCCAUAAAAUAUUAUCAGGAGCCACUGAUAAGCUUUAUCCAGUCAUCUGGUGUAAUGAAUUCAAUAAAGAGAUUUUCCAGAACUUAGAUAUUAAUGGUUAUCCUCAGGAUAGGUAAAGUAUAUCAGAUGAGUGGGGAUCCGACACCCAGCACCUCUACCAAUUGGCUGUCUCGGGCAGCCACUGGCACUGGAAACUGUACUAUGGGUGGAAGGCUCCGUAUACUGUGUACUGGUGCUGGAGAAUUGCACUUCACUUGAAUAUGAGCUGCAGCACCCAGGCAUGGCUGCUCCACAGUGAGCGGAGCCUUGUGUUCUCAGCUCUGUCUACUCUAUAGUUUCCAGGGCUGGCGACGGCCAAGACAGCUGAUCAUGUGAGUGCUAUGUGUCUGACCCCCACCGAUCUGAUAUUCAUGAUGUACCCUGAGAAUAGGCCAUCAAUAUUUAAGUGCUGGAAAAACCCCUGAAGCAGUUCAUCCCAUUUUAUUCAUCCUCCUGUCAAUAGACUGUUAUUAUAUUGUUUAACUGUAAUAAGCCUAUGAUCAAAUUCAGCAAAAAUAAAUCAGUACCAAUAUAUAUCUGAGAAAUGACUGGAACAAUCCUACGAUAUAUAUGUAGCCCAUAAAUUGCAAUAUUUUCUCACUGCUGUGAGAUUUCAUUAUGCAUAAUGAGUAACCCUGGAGUAUGCAGGUUUCAACAUUAGGCCCAGGCUGUUAUUCACAAAUGUUCAUGUGCCAGAGGAAAACUGUCUACAACAUAGGAUAUAGAUAGAAAUCUUAUAUUAGACCUGUCUGUCCUUAAACAGUAGUGGUUAGUAUGGGCUCUGAUCCAAAAAGCCACAAUGGGGAAAAAAACAGGAUUUCCCAUUUUGAGUAUUUUUUAGCAGACCCUCUUUUGUCUUCUCCCAAGAUGAGCACCACUGGAGGUGUCCGGCUUCUGAUCACCCUUUCCCCUUCCAU